GCGGCGGGCAGGUCAGCUUCUCUCGGCCAGUCGCGUUUCCAACUCCCGCUCCCGAGUUGCCCCGGUUCUGAUGUGGAGUAUCCCGCCUUGAAGCGCAUCCCAUGGAGAAGUUUGGGAUGAAUUUCGGGGGCGGCCCCAGCAAGAAGGAGCUGCUGGAGACCAUCGAGACCCAGAAGAAGCAGCUCGUCCAGUACCAGUCGCGUCUCAAGGACGUGGUCCGCGCCUACAAAAGCCUCCUGAAAGAGAAGGAGGCGCUGGAGGCCAGCGUCAAGGUGCUGUCGGUCUCCCACGAGGCCGAUUUGGGCCUGGCAGGCGGCCCGACGCCAGGCCUCCCCUUUCCCGACUCCGUGGACGACCGGUGUUCCACUCACAGCGAGGACAGCACGGGCACCGCCACCAGCCUGGAGACCGCGGCCAGUCUCACCAGCAUCAAGGGUGAGUGUGGGGUAGAAGAGGACAGAGUGGCCCGCGGCGGCGGCCCAGCACCUCCCAAGUCCGAAGAGACCAGCGGGUCGGAGAGUGGCGUUAGCAGUAGCAGUGGGGAUGGGCCCCCCGGGGGUGGGGAUGUGGACAAACGGCUGCAGCAGCUGAAGACCCAGUUGGCCACUCUGACCAGCUCUUUGGCCACCGUCACCCAGGAGAAGUCCCGCAUGGAGGCUUCUUACCUGGCUGACAAGAAGAAGAUGAAGCAGGACUUGGAGGAUGCCGGGAGAAAGGCAGAGGAGGAGCGGGGCCGCCUGGAGGGAGAAUUGAAGGGUCUGCAGGAGCAGAUUGCAGAAACCAAAGCCCGGCUUAUCACUCAACAGCACGAUCGGGCCCAGGAGCAGAGCGACCAUGCCGUGAUGCUGCGGGAGCUCCAGAAACUGCUGCAGGAGGAGAGAACCCAGCGCCAGGACUUGGAGCUGAGGCUGGAGGAGACCCGAGAAGCCCUGGCAGGGCGGGCCUACGCUGCAGAUCAGAUGCAGGGGUUUGAACUACAGACCAAGCAGCUGAACCGGGAGGUGGAGGAGCUGAGAGGUGAGCUGCAGGCGCUGCAGGACGAGAAGAACCGGCCAGACCCUCGGCUCCAGGAGCUUCAGGAAGAGGCCGCCUGCCUCAAGAGUCAUUUCCAGGCCCAGUUGCAGCAGGAAAUGAGGAAGACCGCCCUCGUCGAGGAUCAGCUCCGCCGGCAGUCUCAGGUGGAAGAGCAGAGGGUGGCGGCUCUGGAGAAUCAGAUCUCUGAGGUGUCGGAACUGCUGGGCACCUAUGAGAAAACCAAGCAGAAGGACCAGCUGACCAUCCAGAAGCUGAAGGAACGCAUCCUGCAGUUGGACCUGGAGAACAAGACCCUGGCUCUCGCCGCCUCGAGCCGAUCCCCGCUGGACACUCACGGUGAGGAGUCCAAUCUGGAUGUGAACGUCCUGAAGGAUAAGAUGGAGAAGCUGAAGAGGCUGCUGCAGGUCGCUGCCCGGAAAAGCCAGGUGACCCUCGAUGUGGAGAAGCUCUGCGACCUGGAGAUCAUGCCCAGCUCGGAGGCGGCUGAUGGGGAGAAGGCCACGGCCCUCUACUACCAGCAGGAGCUGAAACAGCUGAAGGAAGAGUUCGAGAGGUACAAGCUGAGGGCCCAGGUUGUCCUCAAGAACAAGACCACCAAAGACGGGAACCUGGCCAAGGAGCUGGAGGACACCCAGGAGCAGCUGGCAGAGCUGAAGGAGAAGUACAUCUCCCUGCGGCUGUCGUGUGAGGAGCUGGAGCGUCAGCAGCAGCAGGCAGCCGAGGAACGGAAGCAGGAGCAGGCCCGGCUGCAGCAGCUGCACCGGCAGGAGCUGGAGCGGAGCCAGCUGGACUUCAGGGAGCGCACGCUGCAGCUGGAGGAGGAGCUGCACAAGCAGCGGGACCGUGCCCUGGCCGUGCUGGCCGAGAAGGACCUGGAGCUGGAGCAGCUGCGCGCCGUGGCCCUGUCCUCGGGCCUGGCGGGCCGCCGGAGCCCAGUGGGGAGCGGGGGCGUCGGAGACCCGGCUGAGGCCGCUUCCCCGGAUGGCUUGACCCAAGCGCUGCAGCUGGCAGCCGCCAACGAGCCCACCUUCUUCCUGUACGCCGAGCAGCUGGCCCGCAAGGAGGUGGAGAUCACCUCGCUGAGGAAGCAGAAGCACCGACUGGAGGUGGAGGCGCGGCAGCUCCACGACCGGCUGCUGGAGGAAGGUGAGCAGCACCGCGAGGAGGUGAGAGCCCUGCAGAGCCACAUCGCCAAGAACAUCCGGGACCAGAGCCGCGAGGGCGCCAACCUGGAAUACCUCAAAAACAUCAUUUACCGUUUCCUCACCCUGCCGGACACGCUGGGCCGCCAGCAGACGCUCACCGCCAUCCUGACCAUCUUGCACUUCAGUCCAGAGGAGAAACAAGUGAUCAUGCGGCUCCCAGCCAGUGGUAGCUGGUGGCCUUCCGGCAAGAGAUGAUGCCAUUUUUUUUUAGCCCCUCCUGAAAUCUUGCUGUGCCUCUUCGCGGGGAAGGGACCGGCCGCCGGCUUCCUGUCUGCUCCGCCCCUGCCUUUGCUCUCUUCACUGUGUGGAUCUGGGAGGAGGCGUCAGUGUGGGAAGGGAUUUUCUGCCAAAUUUCGUUAAUGCUGCUUUCUCUUUGGGCCGAGAAAUGCUGAAAGUUUGGGCCCAGCCUCACUGUGUCAGAGGUAGUUGGUGGAGAAUGGCAGAGAGGAGGGUAAAGAAGGCAGGAAGUGGUGAGACUCUUCUUUUCCUUAGACUCUUAUUAUUCUCCUAGUGCCAAACUGGGAAUAAUGGUGACUCCAAAGGGAGUUCGGUUAAUUUCUCAAUGUGCACAUUUACUGGCUCUUUAUUCCAUUUCAGCACAACACAGUCUGGUCGAUGACUGCCCCAAUUCUCUGGGGACGAAAAUCCAGGCUGGUGAAAGGCUGGGCAGGGUGAAGUCAUGGCCGAUGGCCCACUGGUUUGUAGUUGCAGGUGUCAGAAACAGAGUUUGUCCUGGGAAAGGAGAGAUUGGGGCUCCUUGGAAAGGGUCCUUGGCUUUAUCUGGGGAGAGCAUUCCUGUGGCUGGCUGAGUGGGUCCUGGGUAUCCACCACCUUAGGGGGUUCACCACAAGGACUGCUUGGGCGCAGGAUAGGAUUAUACUUGAUCUUUUGUAUUUGUCCCCACCGUGGCCUGUCUGCUUCAGGUUGCCCUAAGAGUGCAAGUGACUGACGUUGCAAUCUUUUCCAAUUGAUGUUGAACUUCCGUGAAGGAAAAGCUGCUCACAGAGGGAAUCCAUCUGGAUGCUGACCCUGCCCAGCUUCCAAGCAUUCAUUCCAAGAUCGGGUCUCCUUUACUCCCCAGUAGUUUUGGCAUAGGUUAAUAGGACAAGAUUCGCUGUAGAAAAUUCUUCCCAAGUGGUAGAAUGGAGACGUUGAUCUGAGUUGGGAUGGGCCCCUGGCCUUCAGGAAAAAGUCUUCACUCUCUGCACCCCAAGUUUGUGUGGGUCACGUCAUCCAGGCAGUUUGCCUGUUCCCUUAGGGAGGGAUUUGAGUUUUCAUCCAGGAUCCCCAUCUUCCCACCUGUGUGGGUGACCUUUCUAUCCUUCUUAGGGAGGUUUGCUGUUCUUCCAUCUGGGAAGGAGGGACUCAGACGAGUUGGAUUCAGAUGGCAUUUCCUGUUACCUUCUUGUCCCUGCCUGCUCUUUCUGGUUGUAGAAAUCUUAAACCACAAUAGUGCUUUGUCAUUAACUAGACUCAUAGAGAUCUUUCUGUUAUUUUAUCAUAGAAAUCUGUUUUAAGAGGGUUUGGGGUGCAGGAGAUAAGAUUAAAGGUUCUGAUUGGGAGACUGGGAGACCCAGGCUGUGUGCAGUGAGCACACUUCAUGGAACAGAAGUGUCGUGUUCAAAUCAUCACAUAAACCAUGGGAUCAUUAAAUCAAAACAACUUGG